CCGGGAAGCGGGCCUGGCGCAUGACCCCGCGUGACGGGGGCGCGCGAGCCCGGAGGCCCCGGAGGCGGCUCUCGGGAACCCCAUUGGUAGAAAAGCGACCAGAAAAGAGGGAACGAAACGCGCCCGUUUCGAUAGUGAUUGGCGUUGAUGGAGCCAGGGCGGAGCGAAAGUCCUAGGAUCACGGGCCAAUCGGCGCUCAGGGCUGCCGGGGAGCCCGGGAAGGGGAAAGGGGGCGAAAGGGUGCUGUGGUCACAUGCCGCGGGGUCUGGUGGGAGGAGCGGUUGCCCGGCGGCCCCUUGGCGCUUCCUGUUUCCGGUUCCCGGAGUGGGGCACAGCCAGGCGCCAGGGGGAACGCUGGCCUCCGACGCGAGCGCUGGGACCGGGGUCUGCGGGUGGCCCCUCGCUGGCCGGGUCUCCCAGCCCCAGCCCGAGCCUCGCCGGGGGAUUCUGAGCCGCGGCUGCUCCACGUGCCCGCGACACGAUGCUCCCCUUCUACCGCAGUUGGAGAACUGGACUGCUACUGCUGUUACUCCUGGCUGUGGCCGUGAGGGAAUCCUGGCAGACAGAAGAAAAAACUUGUGACCUGGUAGGAGAUAAGGGUAAAGAGUCCGAGAAAGAGUUGGCCCUAGUGAAUAGGCUGAAACCACUGUUUAACAAAAGCUUUGAGAGCACCGUGGGCCAGGGCUCAGACACAUAUAUCUACAUAUUCAGGGUGUGCCGGGAAGCUGGUAACCAAACCUCUGGGGCAGGCCUGGUGCAGAUCAACAAAAGUAAUUGGAAGGAGACAGUGGUAGGGAGGCUCAACGAGACUCAUGUCUUCAAUGGAAGUAAUUGGAUCAUGCUGAUCUAUAAAGGGGGUGAUGAGUAUGACAGCCACUGUGGCAAGGAGCAACGUCGUGCAGUGGUGAUGAUCUCCUGCAAUCGACACACCCUAGCGGGCAAUUUUAACCCUGUGUCAGAGGAGCGUGGCAAAGUCCAAGAUUGUUUCUACCUCUUUGAGAUGGAUAGCAGCCUGGCCUGUUCCCCAGAGAUCUCCCACCUCAGUGUGGGUUCUAUCUUACUUGUCACGUUUGCAUCACUGGUUGCUGUCUAUGUCAUUGGAGGGUUUCUGUACCAGCGACUGGUGGUAGGAGCCAAGGGAAUGGAGCAGUUUCCCCACUUAGCCUUCUGGCAAGAUCUUGGCAACCUGGUAGCAGUAAGAUGGUUGCGACUUUGUGUGCCGCUCUAAACCCCGAAAUGUGCCUGCGGCCUAUCGUGGUGUGGGAGAUGACCAGCUGGGGGAGGAGUCAGAAGAGAGGGAUGACCAUUUAUUACCAAUGUGAUUGCACUUUAAAUGUCUGGCCUCGUCUUCAGUCCCCCAAACCAAAGCCUACUCAGCCAGGUUUCUCAAGCAGUCUCAACUCCAGUUUCUCAUCUCACCCCUAAUAUUGCUCUUGCUUUCCAGUUUGCUUAUGAUUUGCAUCCUCUUCUCAUUAGUAGGAACUGCCUUCAGGUAUGGUUGUUAUGUCAAAGGUAAUGUAAAAGGGCUUGUGAAAACAGACCGUCUCUCAGUAUCAGAAGAUACAAGUAAAAUAGGGAUAGGAUAGUGGGCAAAAAAGGAUGUGGCAGGCUCCUUGGCCAAGCUUUUUUAAACACAUUUCCACAAGUUUUUGAGACACUGGACUUCUUUAAUUAACAAAAAACAGCAAAGAAACAUUAUUUAUACAGGUUUGAUUGCUUUCAUGUUGUUACUCUGUACCCUACAGUAGCCUUCAUGAGAAUCUGAUUUUCUUGCUGCUUGGAAUUACUUUGCAGUGGCUACUUGGUUGCAAUUCAAGUACUCCCCUUUGAUAUGAGCCUGGAAAUGUUCUAGACUUGCUUCUCCCACCUCUGGGAUUAGGGUAGAAAGAGGUGAAAUUUCCCAUCACAUCACCUGUUGGCAUUGGGGUGACUUUAUAGCUGAAAUUGAGCCAUGGAUUGUGGUUCUGCAGUUACCAGUGUGCAUAUAGCCAAAAUGCCUAAUCCAGAAAUUGAAUCCGUUGGAAUGAGAAACUGAAAUUGACCUCCUGUGCUACUGGAAUUCCAGAAAAGGGAAGUCUGUUUACCUUGUGAUAGGACCAUGAUGGUUUUCUUCUCCCAUCUAUAAUAAUAGCUGGCAAAGCUUUGCCUCUUGCUGUUUCUCUCUACCAUAUUUCUAAACAUAUGUUGCACUUUCUUCACAGGCAUGUGGUUUUGACUUUUUUUAAUCUUCUGGAAAGGGAAUGGAAGCAGAAGUGGGACAUUUAGGGCUCUGCUGUCCUCCCUGGGUGUGGAAAGCUGCUGCACCUGUCCCUUCUGCUGGCUCAGGGAAGUGUCUUCUGCCCACAUUUCUGCGGGGAAAGGUUUUUAAUCCUCUGAUGCUUCCAUCUUUCUGUUUAGGCCAUGUGCCCAGAAACCUGGGCUGAUCUUUCAGUAACAGUGAAGCUACUAAAGAUAACAUGGCUCCACUGGACACAAAAGAGGGAUGGAAUCAAUAGACAGGGGGCCUUUUAUAAGCCUUUGGAGGAGAAAUUAUAUCGCCUUUGGACUUUUCAAUACUAUUGGAAUGAUUUUUUUUCUAAACAGGGAAAAUGAUGUUGCAAAAGCAUCUUUUUUGUUAUCUGUUUGCAUCCCUCCCCCACACCCUGGUGUUAUAAAAUGAAAAAAACACCACUUUUUGUACAAAAACACUUAAUGAUUAAAAACCAAACAAAA